UUUAAGUGCCUGAAGAAAGAGAAGAACAGGGAUGUGUAGGAGCUUGAGAUGCAUUUUAGCAGGCGGGCCACAGAGCUUCUUUGAGGGUUGUAUUUUUCUGCUAAAUGUGUAAGCAGUUUCAUUCAUUGUUAAAGAGUUUAUUGUUUAUUUCCACCUGUACAGUCGGAUUCUCUUUCAUUACUCUAAUACGGAAAAAUUACUAAGAUAAAACGGUAGGACAGAAGUGGACCUGGAAGUGUGCGCCUGAAUUCUAACUUAAGUGAAUGGUAUUGUGAAGUGAAACCUACUUUCUGUUUCUUGGCACACUUAAGAAUUCAGUAAACCUAAUAUGUUUUUAAUUCAACCUCAAGGAAAAACAGUUUUGCACAGCAAUUUCAUAGCAAGUAAACACAUUAGCGUGUGCUUUUUAAAAUUAUAAAAUGUUUCUUAACUGUCCGUAGGUCCAGGGAACUGAACAGUCUGUGUGGAGAGAGACAUGUUUCGAGGGAAAUGGGAACACAUACAGUAAUUACAGAGUAAAAACAUUUUUUAACGGUUUGCUUGCUGACCCCCUGACAAGAAUAACUGGACUGUUGGGUCUAGUCUACAGUAUGUGCCCAAGAAGAGAGAAGACGGCAUUAUAUCUACAAGUCAACUAAUGUACAAUUAGUCACCUACAUACUAGUUAAGGUUUCUGAUGUUCAGCACAACUGACUUUUAAUACACUGCUACUAUAUCAAAUCGACAAUGAAUUGGAAUGCAGAACCCCAGAGUGCUAUACUACCACCACCGUACUCUAAAAGCCAGUCAUCUUUUUCACAGCAGUCGUUAAUAAACCAGUUUACCCCAUCUCACAGUACUUUUAGCUAUUCUGGAAACAAUCGAGAAACAUGCAUGUAUCCCAGUAAUUCAAAUACUGUAUCACAGCCACUGCUGAAUAUCCAAAAUUAUCUUCAACAAAUCCCUGUUUCUGAUGUGCAUAAUGGGACAGUUGUAGCUUCACAAACUUCAUUAGAAAGAUUAACACUUUCAAAUGCUAAAGGACACAAACAACUAAAUCAUAAUUUACAGAUGUCUCCAGGAGUUACACAGAAUGCAUGGUCGAACUCACCAGUGAGGAAUUCUAUGCCUUCUCAUACAGGGGCAACUGUAUCUCAUCACACUGAUUUUGGAACAAAUAUACCCAGUGUACAUGCACUACAGAAUCAACUGGUAACAUCAGACACGUAUUCUACUCAACUCCAAAUGAUGCCUUCUAAUUCUCUAAGAGCUCCUGUAACUUAUCAAGGGAAUCAGGGACUUAACCAGUCUAAUUCAGUUCGCAACAUUGAAGGUUGGGCACAACAGUAUACAUCUAAUGGACUGACUUCUCCAGAUUACAGACCACUUCCAAAGCAAUACUGUUACUCACCUCAAGGUUUUAUACAAGAUCCUAAUAUUCAGAAACGAAAUCCUGUGCCAUCUACAUCAUUACAAGUUAAAAACAGUCACUUUCCAAAUACUGCUACAGCUUUACAAUCAAAGCAGUCUGCAGCUGUACUGUCGCAGCAAUAUGCCACUCCAGUUGACAAAAGACUUGCCCCUCCACCCCUUCCUCUUUAUGACUGUAGAUAUGGAAGCCAGCCUUUACAAAGUGCUCCGCUUGUUCUUAAACGUUUGUCUGUUGAAGUUCCUCAGAGCCAAGAAACACACUCAUCUGAAGUAAGGAUGGACUCUUACAGAGGCUUUCAACAGCAGUGGCAAAACCCUCUUGAAAAUGUCAGCACAAUUGGAAAUUUCUGUAACGUGAAAGUAAACGCCAAUGUCAAACAGCCUUUUCUUGAACCAGUUAGAUCAUCUAUGGAUGCUGUUCAGCCAGUUGCUCAAAAUAAUCAAGAGAAAAGAAUGGAUUCUUGUAAUCCAAAUCAAAUACUGGAUACAAAUGUCACAAAAGAAAAGCUAGUGAGAGAUAUUAAAACGUUAGUAGAAAUAAAAAAGAACUUUACAGAACUUGCAAGGAAAAUUAAAAUUAGUAAAGAUCUUUUGAUAGCAGCAGGUUGUAUUAAAAUGAGUAAUACCUCUAAUAGUGAACGAGGUCAGAAUUCUGAAUUGUUCAGACAGACUGCCAAAAUUCAGUCUGGACUACGAGUAACUCCAGGGAUUGCAAAGGGACAAUCACUAACAGCAACAAAAUCUACAGAAACAAAUAAAACACACUGUUCAUUGACUUCCAACAUUCAAGAAAGCAAUUGCAGAAAGUUUAAUCAAGUCAAUUCUGUUGUACUAAAUUCCGUCUCUUCAGCAAAGGUCCCGGGCCAGUGUCAUGAUUUGAAAGUUCUGUCUUCUUCAAAGACAUCAACUGUUGAGAUGACCCAGGCAACAUUGAAUAACAAUCACCUUUCAUUAGAAAAUUCUGUCCAAGUUGAACAAAAUCUGCCAACAAUUUGUGAGACUGUUUCUGUUCCUCCAUCUGUGUCUGCUGAGGAGUAUAUUUCAAAACACCAAAAUAAGAAUAGGCUGCUUCUCAAUUUGCUUGUGCAAGGAGAGAGAGUUGAGGAGAAAUCAAAAGAUGCUAAUGAACCUAGUCAGGAUUCUAAAGUAGAUAGUUGUGAAAUGAUUCUGAAUACCCAAGUCACUGUUAACCAACUGAAUUUGAGAACUACAGAAACCCUAAGUACUUCUAAUGUAAGUGCCAGGAUUUCAGGUAACUCUUCUUGCAUCAAGCAUGACUCCUCAACAGAGAGAAUGCCUGCUAAAAGUGACAGUCCUUAUUCCAUGGAAUUACUAGCAACCUGUCUUUCUCUGUGGAAAAAGAAGCCUUUAGAAACUGCAGAAGAUAAACAGUGUAAUGAGUCAAGAACAAACAAAACCGAGGUUGGAGUUUCAAGGCCUAUGGAUGUCUCUGCUAAGAGGACUUGUUCAGUUGUGGGCAAUUCUCCAAAUAAAAUCAUUAAUCCCUCACAAACAACUUUGUCAGUGAUGGUGCCGAAUUAUGAGUCUUCAGGAACAACUGUAACAAAGGGAACAGAACUUCAGGUUGCUGUGGUAACACCCUUAAUUCUUUCAGAUGUCAAAACAUUGUCAGUCAAAGGAAUAAUACCUGAAGCUUUACCUGAAACAGUAUAUCCAGUUAUUAAAGAGGGCAGUGUUUGUAGCUUACAAAAUCAACUGGCAGAAAAUACAACAGUAAGUGCUGCUUUAAAAGAUGAUGUUAAUGGGCCCGUAGCAAGUACUGUAACAUCAACCAAGAUUCACCCUCUGACUCAAAAGGAAAAGAACGAGUCAACUAAUGGUGAUUCAGAAGGCACACCUAAUACCAAUGAAGGAAAGUACAGCAAAUUGGAAUCAGACACCUAUUCUCUUGUGAGUGAUCAGCAAGCCUUGUGUAAAUCAAGAGACAUUACUGUCGUGAAUAGUGAUAUAUUACAGAUUGACAGUAUUUGUUCUCUUGUUGAAGGUGAUGUAUCAUAUAAUUCCCAAAUAGCAAAGAUAUUCAACUCUCUACCGAUGGAAAAGGUUGAGCCACAGAAGCCUCUACCCAGUCAGGAAGGGAAUAGUUAUAGAGAACAAAAAGAACAACUAGAUAAUACCACUGAAAAUAAAGACUUUGAUUUUCAAAAAGAUGAGUUAAUAGAGUGUACAGAUGUUUCACAUAAAUUAUCUGAUAUGUCAAAGUCACAGCAACCUCCAGAGUCAUUGUCUUUUAAUGCUGAAGCAAGUAGAGGCACUCUAGAGCAAAGCGGGGUAGCACAUAGCAUGAAGGAAAGCACAGCUGGCAAUGUGUGUUCAUCAGCUGCUACGCCGCUGGAUAUUGACCCUCAGGAAAUCGAUGUAUCCAGCAAUUACAUUGCCCAAGAGCCCACAAGAAAUGAGAUUGACAGUGAUAAGACAUUGUAUCUACAUGAUCAGCUUUCAGAACUUCUAAGAGAGUUUCCUUAUGGCAUUGAAGGUAUAAACAGAUGCAAAGGUUCUGUGGGUCUACCAAUGACCAACCAUAUUUCAGAAGACCAAGCGACUGAUAAAUCCAGUUGUGACUCCAAAGACUCAACAGAUCAAAUACAAAUUACAAUAUUAAGCUCAGAACAAAUGAAAGAAUUAUUUCCUGGACAGGAUGAUCAACCCUGUGAUAGAGACAGAUCAGAAGAACCUCAGAAAGAAGAGCCUAACACAGAAGUAGGUAGCCAGCAUGACCCCCAAGCACCUACAACAGGAGAAAGUCGUGAUUCUUUAUCAGUGGACUCAGAGAAAGAUGAUGUCCAUUGCUGUGCACUGGGUUGGCUCGCUAUGGUUUAUGAAGGAGUCCCCCAGUGCCAGUGUGAUUCCAUCAAGAACUCAGCCUCAGAAGAAGAAAACGGAAAAGAACAGUCUUCUAUGGAGACCAGCAAUGGUAAGCAAGGAGAGAGAACCUCUGAUAGUGAUGUAGCUAUUGUUGAAUUGAUACAAUUGAAUAGUCCUUCAAAUAAUCCAAAGACUUCUGUGACUCUUCCAGACAGGAACAGUACUUUUCCUGAAAUACAAAGCAGCGAUACAAAAGAUACAUCCCAAACCAAGCAGAACAGUUUACUAAAGACAGAACAAAAAUCAACUGAUCACUUUUCCUCUAAAUGUGAUAAACUGGUUUCCUUGCAAAAUCAUGGGAAAAAAAACCUGAAGUACCAUGAGGUAACCUUUAAUUCCCACCAUAAAAUGAUAACAUUUCACGAACAAGCUCAACAAAGCCUGCAGAAGAAACAUGGGACCCAAAACUCACGCCCGCUAAAAGCAAAACCAGUCUUAGUGGUAAAUAAAGAUCACUAUAAGAAGAACAGCUCUUUGGUACAGUUAGUAGCAUCAGAGAAGAAAAAAAUAAAAUUUAAAGCAGGGGGCUUCAAACAAAAUCAUUUGGAAAAGAGGAAGCUGGACCAAGGGAGCAUACUAGAUAUAGAGGUAAAGAAGAGGAAACAGGAUAUACAAGAGCAGAAUAAAAAUGUGGGAGGUGCACUCAAAGUACAUGGUUCUUCAUCAAACCCAAAUGAAAGAGCCAGUGUUAAAGACAAGACUGUGUCGAGCACUACAUCCUCAGACAUGAAGGUGAGCUCAUCUAAAGUGAACAGAGUUAUAACUGUGCAAGAGUAUUUUGAAAGGCGGAAACACAAAGAGGCGAUAAGUGAUAAAGCAGCAAAGAGAAUCCUUGUGAAAAACAGGCCACAUAAUUCUGAAUACUUACGACCCAGUAAGCCUCCUAUGCAAGUAGGGAGUUGGGGGAAACCAAAUGAGAGGCCCAGUGUCAGCCUACAGACCCCUAAAGAAUCAUUAAGUGUCUUUACGAACCCUGGUAAAAACCACAAAGUCCACCGUUCCGAGGGGUCUAAAGCAUACACCCUUUCAAGGAAUGUUAAAGGAACCACUGGUGGAAAGCCGGCUGACAAAAUGUGGAUUGAUAAGGCCAAGUUAGACAAAAAAGUAACCCAUAUAAAUAAUGAAGUUCGUUUCAGCCAGAUGCCUCCACAAGCAAAGGAACAAAGGAAACUAUAUCUGAACAGAGUGGCCUUUAAGUGCACUGAACGGGAAAGCAUUUGUCUUACCAAGUUAGACGGUUCACCUAGGAAGCUUAAUAAAGAUAACGAGAAAACACAGGAAAAUAAACCUAAAACCCUUCUACCUGUGAAAGAUACCACAAAAAAACCAAACAUGCUAGAGUUUAAACUGUGUCCAGAUGUGCUGUUCAAGAAUACGAGCUCCUCUGAAGAAAAGAAGGAUUUAAAAUCUCAUCCUAGGAAGGAGCAAACUCCUAUGCAAGUUUCAGGAAUAAAAAGUACAAAAGAAGACUGGUUAAAACGUGCAACUGUGAAGAAAAGGAUGCAGGAGGACACUCAAGAAAUAGAUAAGGAUGUUAAUUCAAGACUGUCCAAGAGAAGCUUCAGUGCAGAUGGAUUUGAGAUGCUACAAAACCCAGUCAAGGAUUCAAAAGCCUUAUUUCAAACCUACAAACAGAUGCACCUGGAGAAGCGAAGCAGAAGCCUUGGGAGCAGUCCUGUCAAGUAAUUACAAAAUGUGUUCCGUAAUUGCCGCUGAGAAAUUUCUCAUUCUCUUGUUCAGGAUGUUUUCUUGGAAAUACUCAGAAUUGCCAUAAGAGAGAUUUCUCAGUUGGAGAGUUUGGUUCCCACAUAGGUUAUGUACUUCACUGAAAUUGCUUAAUUAAAAUGGUUUGAGAACUCUGUGGGUGGGCAGACAUAAGAAACAGAUGGUAUUUGUCAGGGAAACCAUAAGGUAUUUGAACUUACACAUUAUUGAGUCAAGUUUACCAUUAUUCUAAGAGGAAUGCUUACACUGACUUAAUUUUGAAAGGCUAUCUACCUAUCUACCUUGAGGGAGGAUUGUUCCUUAGUUAGGGACUUGUUUAUUUAACUGGGACUGUAAAUGUACUUUUGUUUCAAAGCUAUAUUAGCAAAACUUAUUUUUCAAAAAUACCCACUGUAAAUAUCAAAUUAUAUUCUUAAGUAUUUUAUACCUAAUUGUAAAGUUUUUCAGAACUCUUGUUUUAUACUUGUAUAAAGACACGAUUUGAAGACACAAGUGAAGACACAGUUUGAAUAAUGUGUUAACAUUACUUUUCCUAUUUGAAAU